AUGCUUAUUAUAGUAAAUAGCAAAUACGGGAACAGUCUUCCAGAUGCCGAAGAAAUAAACGAGCUAAUCUUAAAAGAAGAUGUAAAGCUGAUCCUCCACUGCACUAAAUCAACUGCUUUACUGUUAACUUCCUGGCUGGGGAAAAGUUGUAUAUUGUCGAUAAUUCUCCAAGAAGGAACACCAGUGAACAGCACAGACAUUUUUGGAAGAACCGGAGUGCAUCUAGCCGCAUACGCAGGGAAGUACGACUGUGUAAAAUUGUUGCUAGAGCACGGGGCUAAAGUAAAUCAAAGAGAUGACAGGAAUCAAGUAGCGCCUCUGCACUGUGCCGCUUCCAUGGCACACCUGUCGUGCCUAAAACUUUUAAUAAAAUAUGGGGCGGACGUAAACGCUGGUCUAGAUCAAAGAAGUCCACUACACUACGCCGUUCAAAGUUCAGCAGUCGACUGUGUAAAGGAAUUACUGGAGAAUAAUGCUACGCCAAACACCCCUCAGAUCAUCUCCAUAUGUGAUUUAUCAAUGUUAAUUACAAUGGAUAAACCGCCAAAAGUCCCAGUCGCCUUGCCUGAGGAACCGGUACUGAGAUGGGCAGAUGACACCGAGUUGAACAUGGAAGAAACAGUUAGCAUAUCCAGUGAGGAAGAAACUGGAUCAGAAUAUGACAGCGAGCAGAGGGCGCGGGCGAAACCGGCUCAAGAGAUUUGGAACUUGGAUUGCCUCUGGAAAGAAUUAAUGAGUCUUCCAGAUGCCGAAGAAAUAAACGAGCUAAUCUUAAAAGAAGAUGUAAAGCUGAUCCUCCACUGCACUAAAUCAACUGCUUUACUGUUAACUUCCUGGCUGGGGAAAAGUUGUAUAUUGUCGAUAAUUCUCCAAGAAGGAACACCAGUGAACAGCACAGACAUUUUUGGAAGAACCGGACUGCAUCUAGCCGCAUACGCAGGGAAGUACGACUGUGUAAAAUUGUUGCUAGAGCACGGGGCUAAAGUAAAUCAAAGAGAUGACAGGAAUCAAGUAGCGCCUCUGCAUUGUGCCGCUUCCAUGGCACACCUGUCGUGCCUAAAACUUUUAAUAAAAUAUGGGGCGGACGUAAACGCUGGGCUUGAUCAAAGAAGUCCACUACACUACGCCGUUCAAAGUUCAGCAGUCGACUGUGUAAAGGAAUUACUGGAGAAUAAUGCUACGCCAAACACCCCUCAGAUAUUCAGUGAAGCGCCACUGCAUAUCGCUGCAGGCUUGGGUAACAUCGAGAUAGUGAAACUGCUCCUUGAAUACGGCGCGGCAGUCAACGUGCAAUGCGGAACGGACAAGAUGACUCCUUUGCACUUAUCCGCAGAAGACGGCGAUGCGCAAUGCGCCAAGCUUCUGAUCGAAGCUGGAGCUUUGGUCAAUUCGAGAAACUACAAAUGCCAAACGCCCCUUCACUUGGCUGCUCUUUCUCAGUGCUCGGAAACAUUGGAACUGCUCUUGAAUAAAAGAGCCGACCCUAACGCGGCAGACUCAGACGGCAGGACGCCGUUGCACAGUGCCAUCGUCAAAGUAUCAAGGUCAUGCGAGUGUGUGAAGCUUCUUCUGAAUGCUAGAGCGCAAGUGAACAAACAAGAUGCCUUCGGGUAUACACCGCUACACUUGGCAGCGCUAAACGAGUUUUCUCACUGCGUUAUGUUACUGAUAAACUACGGGGGAGAUGUGACCGUAAGGACGAAUGGUGGAAUAUCCGUUCUUGCCUUCAUCACCAGAAAAACACCAGACGUCAUACCGAAAUAUAUCGAGAAAUUCGAUUCAUCCAUAAAAUUAAACGACCACGAGCUAGGGGAUGUCGAUUGUGAACUAAAGUUAGAUUUCAGAGUCUUAGUACCCACGAUGGGCAACAAGGAAACUGAGUUACUGUUAAACUUCAUAGAAGUGGGAUAUAAAGACGUUCUGAAGCACCCUUUAUGUGAAACUUUUUUGUUUCUAAAAUGGCGACGGAUACGCAAGUUUUUCUUAUUCAGUUUGUUUUACCAUGCGAUGUUUGUGUUCUUAUACACCAUUUACAUUAUUGGCGUUUAUUUGAAGAACUGCCCUUCUGCGAAAUCUUCCUUUUCAAUAUGUUGGGUACCUAGUUACGUGAAAAACAUAGGUUACUUCCUCAUCUGCUUAAAUAUCCUGUUGCUCGGAAAAGAACUCUUCCAAAUUGCCCAUUCCUGGUUCAUUUACUUAAAGGAAUGGGAGAACUGGUUGCAAUGGAUGAUAAUAAUAAGUGUGUUUUGCUGCGUUCAACCAGUGCCGAAUAUGAACGUUGAACAGGACGUUUACGAAUGGCAGCACCACGUCGCGGCUAUUUCAAUAUUCCUAGCUUGGGUAGAGCUGAUGAUGAUCGUGGGGCGUUUUCCAAUUUUUGGGCUGUACAUUCAAAUGUUUACGACGGUGUCUGUAAAUUUUGGAAAGUUCAUGGUUGCCUAUACUUGCCUUUUUGUUGCCUUUGCCCUUAGUUUUGGAGUAAUUUUUGCGAAUUAUCCCUCAUUCGAUGACCUGAAGUGGGUUCUUCUGAAGGUGAUAAUAAUGCUUUCAGGAGAACUGGAGUACGAGGAUGUAUUCUUUACUCCGGAAUAUCCAAUUAAAUAUCCUUACACAGCCCACUUGAUGUACCUAUGUUUUGUGUUACUGAUGACUAUUAUUUUGACGAAUCUUAUGGUUGGUUUAGCAGUAAGUGACAUCCAAGGGCUGCAAACAUGUGCAGGAUUAGACAGACUGGUCCGUCAAGCUGAACUAGUCGCGCAUUUGGAAAGCAUGCUGUUUUCCAAACUUCUCUCCUUUGUACCGCACAAACUGAUGAGGUUUUUCCACAAUAAGGCUUUACUGUUAAAAUCUCAAUUUCACUGGGCCUUGUACAUAAAACCUAAUGAUCCUAGAGAAGAACGGAUACCAAAAGAACUUAUUCGAAAUAUAUACCAAUUAGUCGUUGAACGUAAGGAAAGGCCAAAAAGUAAAAAGACGAAAAAAUUCAACAGAAAUUUGCAGUUUGAAACGAUUUCUCCGAAUUUGUCGAGGAUUGGUUCAUGGAACAGUAGCACAAAUCUAAAUGUUAAUAAUGUGAUUAAAACACAGUUGGAUGAAAUUAAUAGGGAGUUUAUAGAAUACAGCAGAUUCUUUAGACAGAGGAUGGAAAAACUUAACCAGCAGAUUUUGAUUAAUCCAAAAUAGAAGAUUGGAACUAAAAUAUUUUCAAAAACAUUGAGAACAUUUAGUAACGUUAUGUGAUUUACUAACAAAGAUCCACUGUAUAGUAAUAAAACUAUUUAUUUAUUUAACAAAAAAAAACAUGUAACUGAUCAUUUGUAAUAAAAUUUGAAAUUUAAAAACACUUAAUGAUUUUGUUUCUAAUGAAUC